GGGCAAUCACAGCUCGAGUUACAAUUUCCAUCUACCAGCACAUAAAUAUCCACAUCGCCCACCCACCAAGAGAUCAUUGAUCAUGCAUUCACAAUAGUCAUCAUGAACUUCUCGGCUCUGCCAGAUGACAUACUCUUUGCCUUUGCCGAGAAAUUGGAAGAGGAACCGGACAUAAAUGUCCUGAGCCGGUCAAACAGUCGUCUCCAUCAGCUCUUGAACCCUUUCCUGUAUCAAUACAACAUCCGUCACCACAGCGCCUAUGAACGAGUGGACGAGCCCGUUGACCGGAGGUACGGGAACAACCCAGAAGGAGAAGAAGACGACGAUGACCGCCUACCGGUUCAACAUCCUAUGCUUCAGAUCGCGGAGGGAUUCACUGCUUGGCUUUCAAGGAUCAGCGCACCAAAACCGAAAGAGCCCCAUAUUCCGCCGUAUCGGCGUGACCCCCGCCAGCCACUUGUCAUGGGGGCUGCGAGUGUGGGCCAUGUGGGAAUCAUGGAAAUCCUCCUCGCACAUGGUGCAAACCCAGAUACCCGAGAAUUUUGUAGUUGGGCGUGGCACUAA